ACCAUGUCACCCUUCGAACCUUUACCAUCUACAUAUGUAGUGCUUCGCAUACAUAUAUACACAAGCGUUUAAAUAUAUUCAUAUAUAUAAGCGACUUAGAAGCUGAGGAAGCGACGUGUCUGUGUUUGACAGGAUAUCAGAUUUCUCUUUAUAGAGAUGGUUGAUAAUAUAGGCAAUAAUUUAGACAGAGAAGGCCAUAAGUAUAACUUUUCUGUUGCAGGCACAGGAGCUACUUGUAGUUCAGGUGAGGAUGGUGGCGGUUCCAUUAAGGAGCAAGAUCGAUUACUUCCCAUAGCUAAUGUUGGGCGAAUUAUGAAGCGGAUUUUGCCUCCGAAUGCGAAAAUCUCGAAAGAAGCAAAAGAAACCAUGCAAGAAUGUGUAUCUGAGUUCAUUAGCUUUGUUACUGGAGAAGCAUCGGACAAGUGUCACAGAGAGAAGCGGAAGACAGUUAACGGAGAUGACAUUUGUUGGGCUCUUGCAACUCUAGGGUUUGAUAACUAUGCUGAUCAAUUGAAAAGGUAUUUACAUAAGUAUAGGGAGUUUGAAGGAGAAAGAGCUAACCAAAACAAGGCUGCUUGCAGUGAAGAAAAGGAUGAACCACCCAACUUUUAUAGAGCUCAACCACAAAGGAAACCUGCGGCCUUCGACUUCAAUGUCACGGCUAAUAGUUCCGGCCGCUUUUGAAACAUAAAUAUAUGGAGCGUGGGAAGAAGAGAGUCUUUGGCCAUCCCAAUUCGUAAUAACAGUUGGAAAUUGAGAAUCAAUAAAUUCAUUGUUAGGAUGUGAAGAAAUGCAAGAAGCUUAUUUUUAUUGCCACUUUUCUAUAUAUGUAAGGUACACUCUGCCCAAUUGUGGUUAUCAUCCAAUAUGAUUUUGUGUGUAUACCUGAGUAAUUCAGA